CCUUACCCUUAGACUCUGCAAACUGAAACUCUGCCUUCUCCCCCUUGCCUUGCAAACAACCUACCGUGGGUGGGUCCCUUUUAACCAGGAUGAGUCCCUCCUAUUCACUCUCUCCUUUUUUCCUAGCAAUUCACAGGUUCAUUUUGUAAAGAAAGGAUAGUCUAUGAGUCCCGGGCAUCAUGGUUCACCUGUUGUCCUCUGAAGUACGGCAGCUUCUCCACAACAAAUUCGUGAUUGUCCUGGGGGAUUCAGUUCAGAGGGCUGUGUACAAAGACCUGGUGCUUCUGCUGCAGAAAGACUGCCUGCUCACUACCAGCCAGCUCAAGGUCAAGGGGGAAGAAAACUUCGAGAAAGAUGAACUAGUGGAGGGAGGUCAGAAGUUGCCCAUGCACAAUGGCACCCACUACCGUGAGGUCCGCCAGUUCUGCUCUGAACACCACCUUGUUCGCUUCUACUUUCUCACACGAGUCUACUCCGAGUACCUCAAGGAGAUCUUGGAGAAGCUGCAGUCAGAUGAGCAUACCCCAGAUGUGAUCAUAAUGAAUUCCUGCCUUUGGGACCUCUCCAGGUAUGGACAGUCUUCCAUGUGCAGCUACCUGGAGAACUUGGACAAACUCUUCGGGCAUCUAAACCAUGUGCUACCCGAGUCAUGCCUCGUUGUGUGGAAUACAGCCAUGCCUGUGGCUGAGAGUAUCUCUGCAGGCUUCCUCCCUCCGGAGCAUCAGUCUUGGUCCAACUCCCUGAAAACACAAGUGUUGGAAGCCAACUUCUAUAGCUCCUUGGCAGCUGGGAAGCACCUCUACGAUGUGCUAGACUUGCAUUUCCACUUUCGCCAUGCCCAACAGUACCGACAAAUGGAUGGCGUGCAUUGGAACCAACGUGCCCACCGACAGCUCACACAACUGCUGCUGGCACAUGUGGCCGAAGCCUGGGGGGUUGACCUACCCCAGCGUGACCCAGUAGGCAAGUGGGUCAAGAGGAGACCCACAAGGGAAAAACAUGACCAAAGAGGCAAGAGGCACCCCCAAGCCAGCAGAUAUGAACCUGCCCCAUUUCUACCCCCAAACUUCUUUCUUCCAGAGUGCAGGCCCUUGCUGCUACCCCCACCCUCUCCUUCCCACCCACCUUGGCCUCCCUUUGAGCCCUUCCCGCACCCUCCCCCUCAGCAGAUGAUACCCCCAUUGCUAUUUAGACCCCCAGAACCCUACACACCUCCAAAUUGCCCUUUUCAACCUGGCCCCUUCUCCUUUGACAAUUUCCAUUCGGAUGCUCCUUUUUCUAACCAGUCAGAAUUUGAAUCAGAAAGCGACUUCAUAUUUGAUCCCUGUCCUCCCAUGCCGCCCCCAAAUUAUAACCUCCCUGUAGUUUAUAGGGGUUUUCCCCGGUUCCGUCGCCGUGGUCCCUAUGCACAUUGGAAGCAGCGGUCUAGGCCUUUCAAGAGAAAGGCACAGGCUCGCCCAAAGCAAACGCCUCAAUAA